UCGCAUGAACCAUCAAACACAAUAGUCUGCAUGGCAACACUAAGUGUGGGUUGGACCGCGGACGUCAGUGAAGACGAUUUUGGCAGAGAUGUUAUCAAGACUAUGUGGAAGCAAAUCAACAACAUAGACCAACCAGUCUCGAUAUCAGCACGUGCGGCCUUACUUAGACGAACGUGGCCCGUGUUAAGACAAAUUUUAGCAAAAUCGCCGAAAAACACAAUGACGGUGUGGACGCAGGAGGGAGGAUCGGACUGGGCAUGCGGGACGAUCUACGACCUUCUGUACGUGCACAAUGAUUGGUCCAAGGAGGCGAUACAUUUCGAUAUCCCCGAAAGUUGGUUUGAAGAGUUCAGGAAUCUGAUGAUGACUGCGGGAAGCGCUCUUCAUCAUUUUGGUAUCCAGGACAGGGACGCGGCGAAGAUCACGUGGGGUCAUGCUGUUAACUGUAAAGCUGACCUCGAGAAACACGUCAACGAUGACACCAUGUUCUUGGAAGCCGACAUCUUGCUGGACGGACAGUACACGGACAGACAGACGGACGUUCCUAUAAUGGCCCAUCCUCCCUCCGUACACAGUGACGUCACGUUCGCCGAGUGGGUCGACACGGUGGCGGAGUCCAACAAAGGCAUGAAGCUCGACUUCAAGAGUCUCGAAUCAGUCGCUCCUGCCCUGAAGAUUCUGAAGAAGAAACAUGACCAAGGCAGACUGACGCAACCGGUGUGGCUGAACGCCGACAUCCUGACGGGCCCGAACACCACCGCUAAAGGCCGCGAUGCACCACAGUUUCUGAAAAUCGUCGACGAAACCUUCCCACAAUGCACCUUGUCCAUUGGCUGGACUACCGGUUGGACCAACACGGAAGCCGACACUGGCUACUCUAUGGAGAUGGUGCGCGAGAUGAACGAACUUGCAAGACCCCUUCGACAGCCAGUCAGCUUUCCUAUCAGGGCAGCUGCCGCGAAGCGCUCGUGGAAAGAAUUGGAUUGGCUGUUGAAACAGUCGCGUGGUUAUACGCUAACGAUAUGGCACGCCUCCUCUGACAUCGUUUCUUUAGACGAAAUGAAAUUCAUAAGAGCUCACUCGGAAUCUUCUAGAAUUUAUUUUGACCUGCCCGCAGCACUGAUGCCGUUAUGAACAUGGACUGAAGCAAUCAUCAAGUCGAAUUAUCACCACUCUGCUAUGGUCUCACUACACAGUUCACUUCUGGGUGAGAGUUCUUUCAUCACGGUCCACUAUAGUUCCUAAUUGUGACAUAUGUCGUGGUUCACAUAUUCACUUCUAGUAAGUGGAGAAGAAUUAAAACAAUUUAUAUUUUUCAAUGGUAAGCCCUUUGGCUGGAUUUUGCCCAUGGUAUUUUGUACAUGUAAUAUUGUGAAUUGACUUUUUGGGCCAUAGGUGUAUAGCUAGCGGAACAGGCGGUCGGUUUGAAUCGGUUUCUGAACCACCUGUUUUACAGGUAAAACAGCCAGAUGCAGUCAUCUAGCAAAAAACUAAGACGGAAAUGUUCUCAGAUUUCGAGUGAAAAUAAAUGCUUAUAUAAUGUA